CUCAAGGGUGGGGUACAGGAUGAUACUCGACUAGUUACAUAUUUAAGCAUAUUCCGUAAAAUGGAGUAAGACGUAAUAUCGUAGAAGACGUGGUGAUUCUAACAUUGUAAUGUUAUACUUCUAACCUCACGGCCUAACACGUUAGGCCUAAGUGUAUAAGUCAAUGAUUUAAGUGAUUAUAUUAGAUAUCAAAGAGGAAGAGGAAAGAGCCACCGUAAUGGCUGCUGAAGACGCUUUCGUCAUACCGACGGUCGAUAUAUCGCCGUACCUCGAGGACCCGACGUCAGAGGCGUCGGCGAGGGUAAUCGAGGAGGUAAGGCAGGCUUGUGUCACGAGCGGAUUCUUCCAGAUUACCAACCAUGGAGUACCGAAGGAGCUGCGGGACAGCGUUUUCAAGGCUGCAGAGACAUUCUUCAAGCUGCCGCUAGAGGAAAAGAAAAAGAUGCGAGUGCCGGUCUUGAAGAAUAGGGGCUACGAGGUGAUCGGCUCACAGGCCUUACAAGCAGACACCAAGCCCGAUCUCAAGGAGGGGUUCUUCAUCGGGCAACACAUACCCGCCUCAGACCCCCGCUCCAAAGCGCACCCCUACCUCAUCGGGCCGAACAUCUUCCCUCCCGAGCUGCCGGACGAGGUGCUCAAGACGCCCACGGAAACGUACUACGACGCCAUAUUCGCGCUGUCGUGCAAGGUCAUGGAGAUCCUGGCCCGCGGUCUGCCGUACGGCAACGACGUCUUCGUCCCGUUCAUCUCGGGGGAUCCCGUGUGCGCGAUCCGACUGCUGCACUACCCGCCCCAGGACUCGAAUGACGAGAAGCAGCUUGGUGCAGGGGCGCAUACGGAUUUCGGUGAGGCCCUCUUCCUUCCUUGCUUGCUUCUCCUUCUCAUUGCGUGUUGUUACCACCUUCUCCCCCUUUCGAAAAUAACCAUAAAAAAAGGAAAUUACCUAGGUAGGUAGGUAAGGAAAUAGCUAACCGUAACCCCCAAGGCGCCAUAACCCUCCUCCUCCAAGACUCCUCGGGCGGCCUCGAAGUCCAGCACCCCCUCACAAAGACCUGGAUCCCGGUGCAUCCCGACCCGGACGCGUACGUGGUCAACAUCGGCGACAUGCUAGCUCUAUGGACGAAGAACGCGUACAAAUCCACCGUGCACCGCGUCGUCAACCGGUCGGGCCGCGACCGGUACUCCGUCCCUUUUUUCUUCGACGGAAACACGGAUGUUGAGCUGGCCCCCUUUGAUGGGAGCGCGCCCAUGGCGGUGGGAAGGGGCGGGAGGGCGUUGACGGCUGAGGAGCAUAUGUUGGAUCGGUAUGGGGAGACGUAUGGACGGGUUGGGGAUGAGAGGGCGGUU